CUUUUGAGAAAAACCAGAUAUAGAGAGAGAAAGAGAGUAUACAUGGUAUGAUACAGCUAGUGCCCUUAUGCACAUCUACAGAGACAUUGCACUAUAUAUUACAUUAUGAUAUCCAAUUUUCAUCCAUCCAUCCAAAGAAAAGUGAAUCCCAAGGACACAAUUUUCAGAAUGUAGAGUCACUCCACCACACCACCCAGAAUCCCUUUCUCUACUGAUUCAGCUAAAAGGCCAAACCUUCAAUCACAACCCUUCAUUUCUCAUUUCCUUAAUCAGACUCUCUCUGAAUCUGAUAGCACCACACCACAUCGUACCAUACCACACACACAUUCAUACCCUUCAAGUUUUCUCCUUUUUUUUCCUUUCUUUCCCCCUCCAAAACUGUCAUGAUUUGAUCCUCUCAUCUCUCAACACCACACACUCAAAUGGGUCUUCCUUUAAAGUCUCUAUUUCUUUUUUUGUUUCUGAUUUUGUCCUCAGAGCUUGCUGAAUCUGCUUCUGAUUACACCACCUUGGUCUACAAGGGCUGCUCCAAGGAACCUUUUACAGAUCCAAAUGGGGUAUACUCGCAAGCCCUUUCAGCACUGUUUGGUUCAUUGGUCUCACAAUCCACUAAAACCAAGUUCUUUAAGGCCACAACAGGGAGUGGCCAAGCCUCCAUGACUGGGCUCUUCCAAUGCAGAGGGGACCUAUCCAACUCUGAUUGCUAUAACUGUGUGAGCAGACUCCCGGUCUUGUCUGACAAAUUGUGUGGCAAAACCACAGCUGCUAGAGUCCAGCUUCUAGGUUGCUACAUGCUGUACGAGGUUACUGGGUUUGCACAAAUCUCGGGGAUGCAAAUUUUGUACAAGACUUGUGGGGCAACCAAUGCGGCUGGAAGAGGGUUUGAGGAGAGGAGGGACACUGCUUUUUCCGUGAUGGAAAAUGGGGUGGUGAGUGCUCAUGGCUUCUAUGCAACCAGCUAUCAGUCUUUGUAUGUGAUGGGACAGUGUGAAGGAGAUGUUGGUGAUUCUGAUUGUGGGGAGUGUAUAAAAAAUGCUGUGCAGAGGGCUGAGGUAGAAUGUGGCAGUUCCAUUUCAGGCCAGGUUUAUUUGUACAAGUGCUUCAUCAGUUAUAGCUAUUAUCCUAAUGGGGUUCCAGGAAGACACUCUUCAUCUGCGGCUUCAUCUUCCUCUGGUUCCUUCUCCUCAUCUCCUUCUGGGCAAAAUCCAGGGAAGACAGUGGCUAUAAUAUUAGGAGGGGCAGCUGGAGUGGCUUUUGUGGUUAUAUGCUUGUUGUUUGCUAGGAGUUUGAAGAAGAAACAUGAUGAUUAUUGACAGUCGAAGAUGAUUGAUUGAGGAGGCAUAAUUCUUCAUGCAAUGGAUUGUUUCUAUAUAUAGCUUUUGGAUGAAAAAGAUUGAAAAUUUCUGGUAAUUAGACUUUAGCAGAUAGGAAAAGAGUCUGGGACGGUUAAAUUUGGGACUCUAAUUCUUGUAGUUAGGUGAGAUGAUUUUGCUGUGAAGAAGGGUGUAAUUAGCUCAUGAAAGUGACAUUUUUUUACAUUACAAGGUAAAGAUGAAAUAUACCUAGAGUAAUGAAUGUUUGUCAUCCUGAAUGGGUGAAAA